AUGGCCUCGGAUGUCAAAACUACCGUCCUAGUCUCAGAAAGACCAGCAUUGGGCCCGGCACUUGAUACCCCAGGCCCAAGCAUUGCGCCAAGCAUCAAUCUCAGCCGAACAACAACCGCCCAGAGCAGCAACGAUGGCAUCCGAGGUGGAGGAAUCCGCGACGAAGAAGAAGGCGGAGGCGCAGCUCCACACUCCGCAUUCUCGAUCAUCGAGCCUCCAGCCGCACUAUCAGCCAUAACAACACACACAACGCACGUCCGGGACCCUAAUGUCGACGACACAUUCCCAGACGGCGGAACCCGGUCCUGGCUUGUUGUAUUGGGCUGUUUCUUCUUGUUGAUGAGUAGUUACGGAAUGAUGAAUUCGACCGGUGUAUUGCAGAGUUAUUUCGCCACACACCAAUUGGCCGAUUACUCGACCAGUGCUGUUGGUUGGAUUCCCGGAGUCUUCACUUUCUUCGGUCUAGCGCUCAGCGUGCAGAUUGGACCUAUGUUUGAUCGGUAUGGACCGACGGGCAUUUUGAUAUUCGGGACUGUGACUUAUGUGGCGGCGUUUUUGAGUACGGCUGCUAUGGCGGCGGUGCCGCAUUGGUUUGAUCGGAAGGUUGGCAUGGCGAUGGGGACGGCGAUGGCUGGGGCUGGUCUUGGGGGUGUCACUUUCCCGCUUGUGUUGAGGGCCGGGUUCACGUGGUUUGGAUAUAAGUGGGCGAUUCGGUUGAUUGCGUUGAUUGUGGGGAUUUUGUGCCUGGAGCUGGAGGUUUUCGCUGGACUGGGUUUAUACCCGACCUACGUUGUGAUGCAGGGGUUCAGCACGUCAACUAGCGUGAUUCUUCUCUCACUUCUGAACGUAUGCUCUACGAUCGGCCGAUUGAUUGCAGGAGGCGUUGCAGACAAGUACGGCCGUAUUAACACCCAGACGGCACUAAUUGCAGUCGGAGUUUUUGCCGUAUUUGUGAUCUGGCUCCCCUUUGGCAACACACUUCCAGGGCUAUAUGUCUUUAGCUGCGUCUUCGGGUUGGCCUCGGGAUCAUUUUUGAGUCUUGCGCCCGCCUGCAUUGGACAGAUCUCGAAGGCGAGCGAGGUGGGAGGAACCCUCAUCUGUAUCCCAAUCGGUGGUGAAAUGCUCGAGAAAGUGGGCAAGCAGGCCAUGGUGGCCUAUCUGGGCAGUGUCCUGAUCGUUGGAUUGGGAAUGUUCAUCAUGGCGCGCUGGGCAUGUCUGAGCUAUCGGUGGCGAUGGCAGGCAAAGAUUUAA